AUGAAUCCGGCGAAGGAUCUUCCUUCGACGGAGACCACGGUGGACGUGAGGAAGAAAUUCUACGAGGGGUUACUGUUGCAAGAGUUGAAGACGCACAUGAACACGCAGAGAGAGUAUAAGAACGACUUGAUCGAUAACUGGUCCGGUGAUGCCGAAGCCGACUGGUUCGCCGCGUUGAAGGAAGACGAGGUAAGGGCGAGAAAGAAAUGGGAGGAACAAAAGAAAGCCAAGAAAAAAGAACAAACACAACAGGAAGACGAAGGAGACGACGACGAAUAA